ACUUAUAUGUUGUAUUCUUGUUGCAGUUACUCUAUUGAUACUGACAAGAUAAUGUUAGCAAAACAAACCGGUCUAUCUCGUAACCAGGUGUCUAAUUGGUUUAUAAAUGCAAGAGUGAGACUAUGGAAACCAAUGGUAGAAGAGAUACACAUGCUUGAAUCACAACAAACUCAAAAGGAACCACAAAGAGAUGAGAAUCCAUCUACCUCAACAGACAAAUUUCAGUUACGUUCAAAUAACAACAUUGCAGAGAAUCCAUGUAACUCCACAGACAAAUUUCAUAAUGUCGCAUAUAAACGGACUAGAAACGAACUUUCAAAUAUGUCGGUGUUGAAUCAACAAGUUGGUAGUAAUGGAGUGAGCAAGGGGAGUAACGUUGCAACGAGCAAUAAUGGUGUCUCUCUGACACUCAGUCUUCAUAAGAAUCAUGGUAUUGGGUUAUCGGAGCCGUUUAACAUGAGUGUCGCCCAACGUUUUGGCCUUGCACUUCAACCUGAUAGCUACGUCACGAGUACUUUUCAAUCACAAAAUAGACAAUUUGGUAGAGACCAUAUUGGAGGGCAACUUUUGCAUGACUUUGUAGGGUGAAGUUAUAGAUAUGCUUGGACUUAAUUCAAUUAGGGUGAUACACUAUUUUCUAUGAUUGGUUUCAUCAAUCACUAGAAAUUAGGAAAAGAAGAGUUAUUGAAAUAUUGACAUGCAAAAGUCUUAUUGAAGAGACCUAGUUUGGGAUUAAGUGGUCUUGUACAUUCAUUUUUAUUUUAGUAGGGGGGGAAAAUAUUGUUAUAGUCAAAUUGAUCCAUUU